AUGAUCUCUUCUUUAGUAAAUGUAAAACACAUUAUCCUUGUGGUAAGUGGUAAGGGUGGUGUAGGGAAGUCAACUGUGGCUUGUCAACUAGCUCUUGCGUUAACGUAUAUUCAUGGGAAACAAGUUGGUUUACUGGAUGUUGAUAUUUGUGGGCCUAGUGUACCAACGAUCUGCGGAGUGACGGGUCGUGAUGUAUACCGUGGGGAAAAUGGUUGGGAACCAAUCUCACUUUUGGAGAAUUCAUCAUCAUCCUCCUCUUCUUCUUCCUCACCGCAUUCCGGUAAUCUUAAAAUUAUGUCUAUUGCCUUUUUACUCCCAAGUGAAAAUGAUGCGGUGGUGUGGCGUGGACCAAAGAAGGAUGCAAUGAUCAAACAGUUCGUUACGGAUGUUCACUGGGGCGCAUUGGAUUAUCUCAUCAUUGAUACACCGCCAGGCACAAGUGAUGAACAUCUCACACUUUGUGAAGUGCUGCGGCCAUUAAAUCCCGCCGGUGCGGUGAUUGUGACAACUCCACAGGAUGUCGCCACAGAUGAUGUAAAGAAGGAGUUGUCGUUUUGUCAUAAAAUGGGAAUUCGUUGUUUGGGUAUAGUAGAGAAUAUGUCAGGGUUUGUAUGUCCACACUGUGCACAUUGCACAGAUAUCUUCUCACGAGGUGGUGGUAAAAAACUUGCGGAGAUGUAUGAGGUGGAGUUUCUUGGUUCUAUUCCUAUUGAUCCAAUGCUAUCGAUUGCAGAAGAUAAGGGUCAGAGUUUUAUCACAACGGAAGAGAGUGAAAAAAGUGAAACGGUAGCCGCAGUGACAUUCACAAUUAAUGCUAUUUUAAAACAGGUGGAAAGAGCUUCACAACAAACAACACAACCAGACGAAAAGGUGAAAGUUAAUGAAAAAGAAUAA